GCAUUUACGAGCUGACUUUUGCGCGCCCGCGUGUGUGUGUGUGUGUGUUUGUGUUUUAUCUGCUGCCUCCCUCACCUCCUCGGCCCGGUUUCACUCUGUCCGCUUUUUGCACGAUGACUCGGUCGGGAGGAACGUAGCAACCGGCACACCUGAAACAAGUGGACACGUUUUUCCUCCUGAAGCCUCCUCCGGACUCUGACUUUUUUCUCUCUUGAAUUUUUCAUUUAUUUGGAUGCCGUGUCGGAUUGCUGCUGCUGCUGUGCUGCCGAUCUGAAAGACUCCUUGCUGGUGUCAAGUUGUGCGUAAAACAGAAAAGAAAAGGGGGGAAGAAGCGAGGUUAUGUAGGUUUGGCAUUUCUCUUGGAUACAUCUCCACCCUGUUGUUUACAUGCUGUAAUUGGAUUUUCCUUCAUUUCCAGCUGUAGUGAUAAUAGUAGCAGCACAGGUUUUCCUCCUUCCUUCCUUCCUCUUCUUCUUCUUCUUCAUCUUCUUCCUCUCUCCUGGUGGAGCAGAAGAUGGGAUUACCUGCCCUGGAGUUCAGCGACUGCUACCUGGACAGCCCGCAGUUCAGGGAGAGACUCAAGUCCCACGAACUGGAGCUGGAUAAAACCAACAAGUUCAUCAAGGAGCUGAUCAAAGAUGGGAAGGCGCUGAUCCUGGCUUUGAAAAGUCUGUCAACGGCGAAGAGGAAGUUUGCGGACUCCCUCAACGAGUUUAAAUUCCAGUGUAUCGGAGAUGCAGAGACGGAUGAUGAGAUGUGCAUAGCCAAGUCGCUUCAGGAGUUUGCGGCCGUUCUGCAGAACCUGGAGGAUGAGAGGACACGCAUGAUUGAGAAUGCCAACGAUGUGCUGAUUAUGCCUCUGGAGCGGUUCAGGAAAGAGCAGAUCAGUGCAGCCAAGGAAGCCAAGAAAAAAUAUGACAAGGAGACAGAGAAGUAUUGUGCAGUACUGGAGAAGCACCUUAGUCUUUCAGCAAGGAAGAAAGAGUCACACCUACAUGAGGCGGACAACCAGGUCGAUAAUGUAAGGCAGCAUUUCUACGAAGUUUCUCUGGAGUACGUCUUCAAGGUUCAGGAGGUCCAAGAGAGGAAGAUGUUUGACUUUGUGGAGCCUCUGUUGGCGUUUCUUCAAGGCCUGUUCACCUACUAUCACCAUGGCUACGAGCUGGCUAAGGACUUUAACCACUUCAAGACUGAUCUUACCAUCAGCAUACAGAAUACGAGGAACCGCUUUGAGAGCACACGGUCAGAGGUGGAGAGUCUGAUGAGGAAGAUGAAGGAGAAUCCACAUGAACACAAGAGUGUCAGCCAACACACCAUGGAGGGAUACCUGUUUGUGCAGGAGAAGCGUUCGUUCGUAUCUACUUGGGUGAAGUACUACUGUACAUACCAUCGUGAGCCCAAGAGGGUCACCAUGGUCCUGUUUGACCCUAAAUCAGGAGGCAAAAUGGGGGAGGAGGAGGGCUUCAUUCUUAAAUCGUGCACUAGGAGGAAGACGGACUCGAUAGAAAAGAGGUUUUGUUUUGACGUGGAAGCUGUGGACAGGCCGGGAGUGAUCACCAUGCAGGCUCUGUCAGAAGAAGACCGAAGGUUAUGGAUGGAGGCCAUGGAUGGGAGAGAACCGGUAUACAAUCUCAACAAAGAUAACCAGGCUGAAGGCAUGGCCCACCUGGAUGUGAUUGGGUUCAACGUGAUGAAAAAAUUCAUCUAUGCAGUGGAGACUCGAGGUAUUGAUGAACAAGGAUUGUACAGAAUCGUUGGCGUCAACUCCAGAGUACAAAAACUACUGAGCCUGGCUAUGGACCCUAAGACUUGUGCCGACGUGGAGCUGGAAAACUCAGAGUGGGAGAUUAAAACAAUAACUAGUGCUAUUAAGCACUAUCUCAGGAUGCUGCCCGCACCCCUUAUGACAUACCAGUAUCAGAGGAGCUUCAUCAAAGCUGCAAAGAUGGACAACCCUGAGGCCAGAGUGACCGAGAUCCAUGCUCUGGUGCACCGGCUGCCAGAGAAGAACAGACAGAUGCUGGAGCUGCUCAUGAAACACCUGGCCAACGUGGCCAGUCACCACCAGCAAAACCUAAUGACCAUUGCCAAUCUGGGUGUGGUCUUCGGGCCAACUCUGCUCCGCCCGCAGGAGGAGACGGUGGCUGCCAUCAUGGACAUCAAGUUUCAGAACAUUGUAGUGGAGAUCCUCAUAGAGCAUCAUGAGCGAAUAUUCAGGGACGUGCCAAAUUCUGCAGGCGGUUCAGCCAACAUGCAGCUCAACCUGUCCAGGAGGAGAAGUGCUGAGAGCAAAGCCCCAUCCUGCAGCGAGAGGCCUCUCACUCUCUUCCACACACCAACACAUUCCCAGAAAGGUGAGAAGAGGAACAGUGUUGUCAACACCACAGCGGAUUUGCAACAGCCAGUGUCCUCCUCUGCCAACUGCAACAGCAGCAGCAGCAGCAGCAGUGGCAGCAGCAGCCAAAGUCGAACUCCGAGACAUAGUCUGACCAGCAACGAUGGAGAGCAGGACGGCCGGCAGAUCCGGCCCAGCUCACUGCUGAACCCAAAGAGUCGUGGCAGCAUCCCAACCAGUGCGACAUCCCCCAGUCCCACCUCACCACGUUCCCCUUCCUGGCCGAUGUUCUCUGCCCCUUCCAGCCCGCAGCCGACAUCCUCUGCCUCCAGUGACUCCUCUCCUGUCAGUAUUGCAGGCAGAAAGGCUCGAGCGCUGUACGCCUGCAAAGCAGAGCAUGACUCCGAGCUGUCCUUCAUCGCUGGAACCAUCUUUGAGAAUGUUCACGCUUCCAGGGAGCCUGGUUGGUUGGAAGGGACUCUGGAUGGCCGAACAGGACUGAUACCAGAAAACUAUGUGGAAUUUUUAUAGCCCGAGGCCCACAAAGAAACCUGAACUGGAUGAUUCUGGACUGGAUUAGACCAAACUGAACUGGACACCACCGACCCAAAACUGCACAAAGCUCGACAGACUCCAUUAGAUCUUCUAUUAUACCUUAGUGGGCCAUUGUUGAUGAGGUGACUCUUGUCUUGACUAGACUGGGAACUGAAACUGGACCAAGCAGAACCGUGUCAAAUGGAUACGACACCAUAAUGAAGCAUUACGAACUGGGGAGAGACACUGAAUUUGCACUGGGGGGGCGGGGAAGACAAGACCAGCUUUUAUUGGAUUAGUGUGGUUGGCUUCCAAAGUCCUGGUGAAAAUGAUAUGGAAAUGAACCUGGAAUAUGUGUGUGAGUGCUUGUGUGUGUGAAAGUGAGCGAGAGGACCGUGGGCGGAGGUUGGAGAAAAUAACUUGUAUAAAUGAGUUGAUAUUUUUGAGCUUGUGAGGGUUGUGAUUUUUAUUCUUUUUUAGCUCCUGCUUUCUUAGUUUGAACUGCACUGCCACUGCUUCAACAUCUCAUCUUUUUUUAUUCAGGCAGAAAAAGAGAAAUCUGCCAGCGGAGAUGAUGGAGAUGAUGACAGGGAACAUAAUAAAAAGCAAGUGGCCUUCAGCUUCAGACUUGCUGGUUCACCUCCUCAUUGUUGGGCUGAUUGCUAAUCCCAUUGGAAAGCUGGAGCUUUUAAAGCUGAUUGAAAUGAUUGGGUUUGGCUAUACAGCUGUAAAUGUGUUUGUGAGCACUUGCAGCGGCAGUCCGGUAUUUCCCUGGGACAAGACUGAACCUGGCUAAUGUUUCAGAGCUCCAGUUAAGCAGAAGCCCCAGGGCAGAUCAGCACAGGAUGAGGUUGCCUCAGAAACAGUUCGCCGAAAGGUCAGCGUUGGGUUUCUCCUUAUUUAUAAUGCUUUUCCCUGCAGAGCCCACAGAAAAAAAUGAGAAAAAUUCCAAACAAGCUCCACAAGCAGAUCAGUGGUUUACAGUGCAGUGUAGGAGGAUGGACUGAAUCCUGAUGGUUAAAACAAGCCCAGCUGUGAGUCCUCAGUCUGUAUGGAGUGCUGAGUCAUGUUUGCACUAUUUCAAACCACCCUUGGAAUUAUAAUCACAUACAACCUUGUCUUUUCCUGUUUUUAGCUACAUUGUGGAUUCAGUCUGUUGCUUUAGUAUAGAUGCGUUAAUCUUAACAGCACUGAGUGAGCAAAAAAAAAAAAAAAUCAAAAUAUGGCACAGUCCUUUGCGCCACAUUCAUCACCACCCACCAGGUGGAUCUUGUUCUGUUUUUAUAUAGAGUUACAAAGGCGGUGCUAAUAAUACAAUUAUCUGAAGAGACAUUUACAUUUGGAGCUGGAGUUUACAGCCAAGGCUUUCAUUCAUAAGUAAAUGAAAUGCAGAUGUGGUUCUUCAGAGAAGAUUUGAAGAGAAAAGGCAUUCAUUUUUUUCAGAAUUGUUCUUAUACAUACAUCAAGGCUGGUCUGCUUUGGGGCUCCAAUGAAUGAACUCAUUUCCUGAGUCAACACCGAACUUUUUCCUUUGAACCACUUGGUGAACAUUUGUAGUACCUUUUCUGAAAGUUGUAAUUUAUUUCGCAGCAGGAAAUUUAAAGAGCAUUUUAGCAUUUCAAAAGAAAAAUCAAAUGGGAGAGUUAAAAAAAAAAAAAGAAAGAAGAAAAAACUGAAUGUGAAAUAAGACUACUUUGUUCAUAUCUAAACUUCUUAUUUAUGAGACUUUCUUAAUGGCAAAAAUCCUAAACUGUAUUCUUUUUGAGGUGUUUUAUUGACUGUAAAUAAAUAUAUAGCAUUUGAUAAGGUAUAAUUUUUUUUAAGUAUAAAAUUUAUAUUUUGUAUUUUUAGCAUACUAACUUAAUUCCUUAAUUUCAUCUUUGUUGCCCAGAUUUUUGUAUCAUUUAAGUCUAUCUACAGCCUUAAAUAUUAUUGUUUUGGUGAAAGAUUGUGCAGAAUAAAAGAGUUCAACAGUU